CAACCUUCGUUGGAAGAAUCACAUCGUACACCCAGAUUGACAGACCUUCCGAAUAUUUUCCGUACACAUUUUUGGUCAAACAAAGCCUCAGAAAACUCAAUUUUUUUAGUUUCGGCCAGAAGGAAAAGAGAUCCUGCGGGCGGAGAGUGUGAGGAUGGAGGAGUACUCACGGGAACCGUGUCCCCAUCGCAUCGUCGACGAUUGCGGAGGAGCCUUUGCCAUGGGCUGCGUCGGAGGCGGGGUCUUCCAGGGACUCAAGGGAUUCCGGAAUGCGCCGCAGGGGAUUGGUCGAAGGGUCGCCGGGAGUGUGGCUGCCAUCAAGACCAAAUCGCCGGUGAUUGCCGGCAGUUUCGCGGCCUGGGGCGCAGUUUUUAGCAUCGUGGAUUGCAGCCUGGUGCAUCUGCGCAAGAAGGAGGAUCCCUGGAACUCGAUCGUAAGUGGAGCUGUGACCGGCGGAGUUUUGGCCUCCCGCAAUGGAUUGGCCGCCAUGGCAGGAAGUGCCAUCAUCGGAGGCGUCCUGCUCUCCAUGAUCGAGGGCGUGGGCAUCCUGUUCACCCGCAUCUCGGCGGAUCAGUUCCGGAACCCUGCACCGCCGACUAUUCCAGAGGCGACAGGAGGAUUCGGCGACUUGGACUCUUCGCCGGGCUUUGGAUUCUCCGGCGCCCAGCAGGCCAACGUCAGUAGCUAAAUUUACGUUAUUGUUCUUCGAUUUACACCAAAGCAACUAGAAAUCCACUAGAUUUCAAAGGCCAGGGCUUGGCAAAAAAAAAAGUGUGAAGUAUCCAUCUAUUUACCGCUUUCACACCGGCUACUGAAAAUAUAAAAAGAAAAUUUAAUUAUGAAAUUUUAAUAAAUUAACAUCAAAAUUUCA